UUUCAGCAAGGCUCUGUUCAGUUGUUCUUAUCUACAUCCUAGAAUCAGGGGUUUCAGCUCACUGCUCCUUUUCUUUCUUUUUUUUUUUCUUUCUCUCCCCCCACCCCCCCAAAAUAAUUGAUUUACUUUACAGUCAUCCACACUGUGUUUUGUGGAUCUUUAAAAAUAUAUAACAAUAGUAGUCAUUUUAAAAAUAUAUUCUGAAAUCUUUGCAAAUUUUAACAGAAGAGUCGAAGCUCUGCGAGACCCAAUAUUUGCCAAUAAGAAUGGUUAUGAUAAUUAGCACCAUGGAGCCUCAGGUGUCAAAUGGCCCGACAUCCAAUACAAGCAAUGGACCCUCCAGCAACAAUAGAAACUGUCCUUCUCCCAUGCAGACAGGGGCAGCCACAGAUGACAGCAAAACCAACCUCAUAGUCAACUAUUUACCCCAGAAUAUGACCCAAGAGGAAUUCAGGAGUCUCUUUGGGAGCAUUGGUGAAAUAGAAUCCUGCAAACUCGUGAGAGACAAAAUUACAGGACAGAGUUUAGGGUAUGGAUUCGUUAACUAUAUUGAUCCAAAGGAUGCAGAGAAAGCCAUCAACACUUUAAAUGGACUCAGACUCCAGACCAAAACCAUAAAGGUCUCAUAUGCCCGUCCAAGCUCUGCCUCAAUCAGGGAUGCUAACCUUUACGUUAGCGGCCUUCCCAAAACCAUGACCCAGAAGGAACUGGAACAGCUUUUCUCACAAUAUGGCCGUAUCAUCACCUCACGAAUCCUGGUGGAUCAAGUCACAGGAGUAUCCAGAGGGGUGGGAUUUAUCCGGUUUGAUAAGAGGAUUGAGGCAGAAGAAGCAAUCAAAGGGCUGAAUGGCCAGAAGCCCAGUGGUGCUACGGAACCAAUUACUGUGAAGUUUGCCAACAACCCCAGCCAGAAGUCCAGCCAGGCCCUGCUCUCCCAGCUCUACCAGUCCCCCAACCGGCGCUACCCCGGCCCACUUCACCACCAGGCUCAGAGGUUCAGGCUGGACAAUUUGCUUAAUAUGGCCUAUGGCGUAAAGAGGUUCUCCCCAAUCACCAUUGACGGGAUGACGAGCCUUGUGGGAAUGAACAUCCCUGGUCACACAGGAACAGGCUGGUGCAUCUUUGUCUACAACCUGUCCCCUGAUUCCGACGAGAGUGUCCUCUGGCAGCUCUUCGGCCCCUUUGGUGCAGUGAACAACGUCAAAGUCAUCCGUGACUUCAACACCAACAAGUGCAAGGGAUUUGGCUUUGUCACCAUGACCAACUAUGAUGAGGCAGCCAUGGCCAUUGCCAGCCUCAACGGGUACCGCCUGGGGGACCGAGUGUUGCAAGUUUCCUUUAAAACCAACAAAGCCCACAAGUCCUGAAUUUCCCAUCCUUACUUAUUAAAAUAUAUAUAUAAAUAUAUACGAACAAAACACACGCGCGCACACACACACAUACACACGCACACACACAAAAGAGAGAGAAACAAACUUUUCAAGGCUUAUAUUCAACCAUGGACUUUAUAAGCCAGUGUUGCCUAAGUAUUAAAACAUUGGAUUAUCCUGAGGUGUACCAGGAAAGGAUUUUAUAAUGCUUAGAAAAAAAGAAAAAAAACACAAAAAAAUACCUUUGAUGCAUUGAAUGUUCUUUCAUAGCUGUCGUUGUUGACUAUAAUAUACAUAGAUAGCGACGUGCAGGGAUUUUUACCCAGCCAGCUAACUUUACUACCUUCCUUGAAGGUGGAUCUUUUUAAGAUGACCAUUCGCUCAUUUGAAGAAGAAAAACAAAAAACAAAAAAAAAUAAUAAAAAUAAAACAAUUUUUACAAAGCAAUGGGAUUCAAAGAAAGAAAAAAAAGAGUUUUCUUUUUUGUCAAAAUGUUGAUCCAAUCAGAUUGGUUAAAAAAAAAAAAAACCCACACAAAUUAAAGAGGAAUAAUAAAAAUUGCAAAAAUUAAAGAAACUUUUGCAAAUUUUUUUAUUUUUCCUUUUUUCUUUUAUAUCAUGUGAACUAAAACAGUCUUCUGUUAGGGGAUGGGGGCGAGGGGGAUACCUGAUGACAUUAACAAUUUAAUAACAUUAACGUUGCCAAAGAGGUGGUCUCUUUGCUGAAAAUGGGUUUCAAGAAAAAUCUAUUUUUAUAAAAUAUAAAGAAUUUUUACAAGAGAAUCUGGAUUUGAGAAAAAAAUAUUUUGACUGGCUAAUUUAGGGGAAAUUGACAACUUUGUCGCGUUCAUACUGCACUGGUAACUUUUUAGAGAUCAAGAUGUGUGUUUUAAACUGGAUUCGUAGACUGUUUUUUGAAGGAUGGGCUAUAAACAGAUGAUCUUCAUAUCUUUUCAUAGCAUGUAAUAAUAAUUAAAAAAUUAUUAAUUACUAGGGGAAAGGAGUGUUCAUUCUACCCAGGGUACCACAGUUCCCCACAGUCAAAACCCAAAAGCAAGGAGAUGAGUUGAAAGACAGUUUUUCUUUAAGUCAUCAGUAUGGGAUGUCAGCAGAACAAAAAUUAAAAAGAUUAAUUUUUCCUUUUGAUCUAAAACUUCCUUAGUUUGAGCAGUAGGUGCUACGAAAUUAUUUACAUAUCUUAGUAUCAUAGUUAAAUGUAAUAAUGUGUUUAAGAGAGGAAAACAAAAACUACAUUUGCUUUAAAUUCAUUAAGGAAUUUUCAAAUUCACUUUGUAGCCCAUGCUGAUAGAAUUGGGCUGUGUUGGUACAUUUGAAACACUGUUUAUGUUGCUUGAAACACUUAUUUAUUUAAUCGCAGAUGUGAUGAUGCCUAUGGCCGAGAUCAAAUAUAGCUAGAUUGGCUAGACUACUUAUUUGUUUACUUAAACUAUGGGAAGAAGCAUAUUAUUGUGUCAUUCUGUUGUGUGUGUAUGUGUAUAUACAAUAUAAAUAUAUAUAUAUAAAGUUAUUUUUUCUUUGGGUUAAUUUAUUAUAAGUUGUAACACUUGGCUAGUUUUGUUUGUAUAUGUCUUAAAAUGUUUUCUUAUGAUAUUUAAGUGACAGUUAAAGAGGUAUCAAGGUAACUUGUGUAGAACUAUUGUUUGAUAUAUUGUCAUGUUUGUUGUGAAUAUUUUUUCUUACUGCACAGUAGAAAAAUAAAAACAACUGGGUCUUUAUUUUAAUGUAAUUCAGAUUGGGGAAAACAAAACAGAGCUAAGGGAACAAAAUGACUGAGGGAGCAUUCUCCCACGUCCAGUGCACUGAUCAUUUUAGUAUAUUUGUGCUUUGUACGGUUAUAUAUUUAAAACAAAAACAAAACAAAAAAAUACAAGGGUUCAUGCUCUUCCCUGGGUAAUAGAAACAGUUACUCGCUAUGCAUAAUCUAGUUGAUAGUUAAAUUUGCUAUUGCUUUUCUUGUCUUGUUAUAUACAAUCUUUUCAAUACCAGUUUAGUCUUAAUGGUAAUAAAACGUUAUGGUUAUUUAUAA